GAAGGGGAGAAGGAAAGGUAUCUAUCUAUCUAUCUAUUAUUGAAAAAUGGAGAGUGAGAGAUACUUUGUUUUCAUGAACUACGAUUCGGAGUAUGAGCGUCUUCGUUCGAAAAGGACUCAAAAAGGGUCAUCAGAAGUGGACAUGUACUUGAGUAAGAAGCAUGAUGAACUGUUGGCGGCCAAUCUGGAGGCAGGAACUUACAAGAAGACACUUUCUUUAGUUAUUGUGGAUGGUUUUGCUGUUGAAAUCACCGAAGAUCAAGCCAAUGUGCUUAGGGCUGCAAAGGGUGUGAGGGUUGUGGAGAAGAAUCAAGAGCUGCCUGCCUAGCUAAUAAUAAUUAACUGCCUUCAUCUUCAUCCAUUAAUAAUGCAUUAUAUAUAUAUAUAUAUAUUAAUUAGAAAAUAUGGUUUUCUCGAUCAUGAUUAGCCAGCUAGGUUUUCUUUCAUGUAUAACCGGCCUCCUGGAAGAUCGAGCAAACUUAAGCAAAUUUUCAAUUCCAUUAACUCUAA